AUGGCCAUUGUGGAAGCGUUGUCAUUGAUGGCAUCCGCUGCCCAAGAGGCCUUGUCCCUUGUAUGGAUGGAGCUUGCUAUGUUCGGGGUUGCUGCCCUGGUUUACGUGGCGUGCAUGGGUUUGCCUCAGAGAGGGACCAAGACGAAGGGAAAGUUGGCAAACGCGUAUGAGGACGCACCGCUCCGGGAAGCCAAGGAGUCCUGGAAGCACUGGGAGCAGGUGAAGCGAGGCCGCGCCGAGUUGACCGGCAGCUUCGGCUCGGGCCUCUACAAGGCGCUGACGGCCAUGCGCCAGCUCCGGAAGUCCGGCUCGGAGGUGGAAGAAGAGCUGCGUGCGGCUCUGAAAGGGCCGGCGAGUGCGAAGCUCCUCUCGGAGAUGGAGGCGUUGCCUGCUGCACUCCUCCGUGAUGAUGCCAUCGAUCUUCUUCCACCAGUUCUGCAAGUUCUUCAGGAUUGGGAAAAGCGAGCCGAGACGUCGACCUACGCCGCGCUGAUGGCUGCCCAGCUGCGCCGUCGCGAUUUUGCUGGUGUGGGCGUCACCGCCUCAAAGUUGCCGGAAGACGCCUUGACGCCCAAGAUGCGUGCCAUUUUGGCCGCUGCAGCUGUGCAACGUGGGAAGCUUGAGGAGGCCCUGAGGCAGCUGGAGCAGCUGCCGGACGCGGACUCGGCGGAUGCGGGCCCCCGCUUCCUCACCCCAAAUACGGCGGGACAGAUCCUCUGCCUGGCCAACAAAGAGCAGCGCGGUGCGGAAGUGCAAGCGCAGCUAAAGCGGAUCGGCGUGCAGCCGCUGCAGGACAGCAAGGACAGCAAUGCGGAAAUGCAGCGUGCCGUUACAACUAUGAAGGCUUACGUGAAGAACAAGGACCUGCCCAACGUGACAGCUGUUUUCAAUCGCCUGAAGAAGAACGGUGUUGUGAUGCGGUCCCAGAUUUACAAUUGCUACCUCGAUGCCUGCGUCCAGUGCAGUGACAUUGAAGCAGCCUUGUCACUCUUUGAGGAGAUGAAGCAGCUCGGCUUCGUGGAUGUUGUCAGCUACAACACGGUUCUCAAGGGCUUCUUGGCCUCCGGCCGCUUGGGUGAGGCACGGAGUCUCGUACAGGAGAUGACUUCACGCGGGCUGGCAGCCAACAAGGUCACCUACAACGAGCUCCUGAAUGCGAAAGUCGCUGCGCGAGAUCGCGCGGGUAUGUGGAGCAUUGUGGACCAGAUGCUCCAAGCCGGCCUCAAGGCGAACCUGAUCACCUGCUCGAUUCUCUUGAAGUCCUUGACGCAGCAUUCCGCUGAGACAGACUUGGCUCGGGUUCUGAGCCUGAUUGACAGCGUGGAGGAGCCCAUCGAUGAAGUUCUCUUUUCGUCGAUCAUCGAAGCCUGCAUCCGAAUCAAGAGGUUGGACAGCCUCUCCGACUUCAUUGGCCGAUACAAGGUGAAGGGCCUUUUUAAGAAUAUCUCUGCUCCGAUCUACGGGGCCAUGAUCAAAGCCUUUGGCGAGGCCGGUCACCUCCAUCAGGUCCGUGAACUCUGGGCGCAGCUGCAGAGCCACAAUGUGAAGCCGACGGCUAUCACUAUCGGCUGCGUGGUGGAGGCUUUGGUGAUUAACAAGCAGGGAGAGGAGGCCUGGCAACUCGUCCAGGACCAACUGCAGUAUGAUGACCGCAAAAGCAUGGUCAACACCGUGGUAUACUCGACCGUGCUGAAGGGCUUUGCGGUUUCCAAGCGGAUUGACAAAGUGCUUGCUGUGUACAAGGAAAUGCGAAACAACAACAUUGCCUGCAACACCAUCACCUACAACACCAUGCUGGAUGCCUGUGCGAAGUGCAAUGCGAUGGAGAAGGCCUCGCUGCUUUUGGAAGACAUGCGAGAAACCAACAUCGAGCCCGACAUCAUCACCUACUCCACGAUCAUCAAGGGCUAUUGCCUGAACGGUGAUGUGGAGCGUGCCUUGAGUGUUCUCGAGGAGAUGAGGAGGGACGGCCACUUCCUGCCGGACGAGAUCAUGUACAACUCGAUCUUGGAUGGCUGCACCAAGCAGCGUAAUGUCAGCGAGGCAUUGCGUCUGUUGGAGGAGAUGAAGGCAUCUGGCAUUAAACCCAGCAACUACACCUUGAGCAUCCUUGUGAAGCUGCUUGGCAACGCUCGGCGCCUUGGUCAAGCAAUGCAGAUGGUCGAGGAUCUCAGCUCUCAGCACGGGCUGAAGCCCAACAUCCAGGUGUACACCUGCCUUAUCCAUGCCUGCUUCCAAAACAGGCGCUUCGAGAGGGCCUUGAGCGUCUAUGAGAAGAUGAUCAAGGAGGGCUGCCGGGCCGACGAAAAAUUCUAUGCAGUGCUCGCUCGCGGAUGCCUACAGUUGCACCAGCCAGGGAAGGCCCUGGAAGUGAUCCGAGCAGCCUACAACCUGCCGGGCAGCUCGCUUCCCAGCGGCCCACGAGCGGUCGGAGUGGAAGGCUUAGAGGAGCUGCUUCAGAAGAUCGGCAAGGAGGAGCAGGAAGCUGCUGAUGAGCUGACCCAAGAGUUGAAGACUAAUGGCGUGCAGACUGCUGGAGCGAAGUCUUGGAGCAGCGGUGCACGUGUGGCGGGCGGCCCCAGCCGAGAGCGCCGCCGCGGCGGACGGUGA